CCCUCAAAAGUCAUAUUUGACAUUUGACGUUUUGAUGUUUUGAUCUUAUUAACUUUAAUUAAAAAAAAAUGAACUCCCUGGUGAAAACAAGAAUUCCUCAGUCGUGGUUAAAAAAUAAUGCGGUAUUGCUUACUGCCGUUAGAAAUCACUGGAAUAAAGACUAUAAGCCAGCACCGUUUCCUAAAACAGAAGAGGAAAAGAUAGCUGCUGCAGAGAAAUACGGAAUACCUCUGGCAGAGUACAAACCUUAUCCAGAUGAUGGACAGGGAUAUGGCGACUACCCUGAGUUACCACUUCAAUCGGCCGAGUCCAAGGAUCCCUUUUACCCAUGGGAUAAUCCCGAGUUGAAAAGGAAUUUCAAUGAACCGUUGCAUGUCGAGUUUGAUCUGGUCAGGGAGGAUCGUUAUGAUGUAAAUGCGAAGUUUAGAAAGCCCAUGUGGUAUUUAUGGUUGCAAUUUCUAGGAACAAUAGCUGGUUUUUAUGGCUUAUACUUUUUAUUUGAAAAUGUUAAAAUGUUUCAAGCGACUCUUCCUAAGCAGUAUCCUGGACAGGGAAAGAAGCACUACACUUUUGAAGAAAAUGAUGAAUGAGGUGGUUAUAAUAAUUAGAUAAAUAUUUAAAAAUAAAAUCUCAUAAAUUUA